AUGCCAAGUCCUCCUCCCAAUGCUUACUCACCAGGUACGAAAUUGACCGUGGGAAGCCAUAAAAUAAGUAUUACUAAAUAUAUCUCAGAGGGUGGUUUCGCUCUUGUAUACACUUGUACAAUCGAGCCACCUUUUCGAGGAUCUAAGAUAGCAUGUUUGAAGCGGGUAGUUGUGCCAAAUAAAUGGCAGUUAUCAUUAUUGAGACAAGAGGUCGAUGCUAUGAGGCGAUUGAGAGGAAAUGAAUAUAUUGUUUCAUAUAUUGACUCUCAUGCUUCGAGAAUGAAAACCCCAACGCUGAAUCUGUCAAGCUCGGACCAACAACAGUAUGAAGUAUUUUUGUUAAUGGAAUACUGUGAGAAGAAUGGACUAAUAGAUUUUAUGAAUACUCGAUUGACUCAUAAAUUGACUGAGCCUGAAAUAUUGGAGAUAAUGCAUGAUGUUACUAUUGGAGUGGCCAUGUGCCACCAUUUGAAACCUCCUUUGAUUCAUAGAGAUAUCAAAAUAGAGAAUGUAUUGAUAGACUCCGGUGGAAAGUACAAGCUUUGUGAUUUUGGCUCCGCGGUAGGCUACCAACCAGCUCCUAAAUCAGCACAAGAAUUGCAAACUCUCCACGACGAUAUCAUGCAUCAUACUACACCUCAGUACAGGGCUCCUGAGAUGAUAGAUUUGUCGAAAGGGUUUCCAAUUGAUGACAAGCUGGAUAUAUGGGCUUUGGGGUGUUUUUUGUACAAAUUAUGUUACUAUACUACUCCUUUCGAACUGCCCAAUCAGAAGUCGAUGCAAGAUUUAGAACAGACAAUAUUAAAUUGCUCUCACACUUUAAGAUUCAGAGAUCAACCAGGACUGAUUUUUUCUCCAAGAUUGAAAAAUGUGAUUAAAUGUUGUUUGAGAGAAGAUCCAAGGCGGAGGCCGAAUGCUGCUCAGCUCUUGGGUGAAAUCUGUUCAAUGCAGGGCAGGAAGUCGGUUCCCAAUAUAAUACCUUUGAGCGUUAGGGAGCUUCAGGUAAAGAACUUAAAAUCUGGGACUAAAAGCAAUACUUCAAUUGCCAAUGAUAGCUCAUUAUCUCUCCACAAGAGUGUCACCGAGCCUCCAGUAAAAGAUACUAAUAGUCUCCAAGAAGUGACCCCAAAGACGAAAGAUCCGUUUGCAUCUAUUGAUAAAACGAAGUUUUUGCAAUCAGUUUCUACCCCUGAUGUCGCAAGACGUGAAGGCGAUGUGCAUUCUAGGCCAAAAUCAACAUAUAUCCCUUCAAGCUCUCAUUUAAACAAUGUAUAUCCAUCGCGACCCAUGAGCACUUACAUUAACAAAGAUGAUCAUUAUAGAUCGUUUUCCCCAAACAAUUCUACACAUUCGUUGAAAGAUUUUGUCAAUAGCCAAUUGAGAAGCAACGAAUAUAUGGCAACUUCUAAUGAGUAUGAUUCAGGCACAUUAGAUUUCUUACGAACUAAGGAAGAAGAAAACCACUUAGGACUGAGGCAGAGCACCGGUGGAAGUCUUAAGAAUACAAUAAAAAGCUCGUUACGGAAAAUCAGCACUGGUGGCAGUAGUACCCAAAGUUUGGGUUAUAAUCAAACUGGCGCUGAAACAUCUACUAAGAACAAGAGAUCAAGUGUGUCAUCCAUCAGAAAUGUUUUCAGUAAACGAAAAACAAGCAGCAGUCCGGAAUCUUUCAGCGAUGAAGUAACACAAGUACAUGAAGAACCUCAGAUCCGGAAAUUGUCCAUCCAACGGCGGAUGCAGCUACUUUUUGAUAAUUCAAAGGACAGCUCCAUUAAAAAGACUGCUGAUGGAUAUGGCAAAUAUACAGAUACAGCAGCAGUUGAAGACAUAGCAGCCAUCAAUAAUGAAAGCAUCUCAACACUGGCUAAAGAAAAGUCAUCUUCAAGCACUGACUUAACUAAGCCUACAAGAAAGGUUCGUGCAUUAACUCCUCCCAAGGUUCCCCGUAGUCUAUCACAACAUCAGUUCAGUUCUACAGCUAAGAGCUCUAUUACUACCCCUUCAUCUACUAUGUCUGAAAAUAAAAUUUCAAGAAAAGCACCAAAAGAGCUACUUAAGAAAGCACCUCCGAAGCCUAAGAAGCCAAUUUAUUUGAAAUCAGUGGACUCCUAUCAAAAGCAUGAUAGGAAGCCGAGCGAUGCCAGUGACACUUCCCUUCCGGAUGUUGAUGACUUAGAGAGGCAUUUUUCAAGAAGAUUUCCAAGUUUUGUUUAG